CCGGAGGACGGCGGGGGGCCGGCCGAGACCCAGCGGCUGAGCGAGAGUGUAUGAGACCGGGUGCUAUGUAGCUCUGGCUGGCUAGCCUGGGCCUUGCUAUAUACACCAAGCUGGCCUUUUACUUUCUGUGAUUCUUCUGCCUCCUGAGUGCUGGGAUCACAGCCUGAGGGGUGUACACACCCCACGGACCCAGACGCGUGGCUCCUGCCAGAUGCAGGGGGCGGCUGCUCAGAGGCAUGCCCCCUGCCCAGCAAAGCUGUCCCCACCUGCUGCUGCUGCUGCUGCUGCUGUCUUGCCAGCCACAGGCCCCCUCCGCCCAGGUGAUGGACUUCCUGUUUGAGAAGUGGAAGCUCUAUGGUGACCAGUGUCACCACAACCUCAGCCUGCUGCCCCCACCUACUGAGCUGGUCUGUAAUAGAACCUUUGACAAGUAUUCCUGCUGGCCUGACACUCCUCCCAACACCACCGCCAACAUCUCCUGCCCCUGGUACUUACCUUGGUACCACAAAGUGCAGCACCGCCUGGUGUUCAAGAGGUGUGGGCCAGACGGGCAGUGGGUGCGUGGGCCCCGGGGGCAGCCAUGGCGCAACGCCUCUCAGUGUCAGAUGGAUGACGAGGAGAUCGAGGUCCAGAAGGAGGUGGCCAAGAUGUAUAGCAGCUUCCAGGUGAUGUACACAGUAGGCUACAGUCUGUCCCUGGGAGCCCUGCUCCUCGCUCUGGCCGUGCUGCUGAGUCUCAGCAAGCUGCACUGCACCCGCAACUACAUCCAUGGGAACCUGUUCGCAUCCUUCGUGCUCAAGGCUGGCUCUGUGCUGGUCAUUGACCAGCUGCUCAAGACCCGUUACAGCCAGAAGAUUGGGGAUGACCUCAGUGUCAGCAUCUGGCUCAGCGAUGGGGCGGUGGCUGGCUGCCGGGUGGCUGCCGUGAUCAUGCAGUACGGCAUCGUGGCUAACUACUGCUGGCUGCUGGUGGAGGGCGUGUACCUGCACAGCCUGCUGAGCCUGGCUACCUUCCCUGAGAGGAGCUUCUUUGCCCUCUACCUGGGCAUCGGCUGGGGUGCACCUCUGCUGUUUGUCGUCCCCUGGGUGGUGGUCAAGUGUCUGUUUGAGAAUGUUCACCGUCUCUGCAGGUGCUGGACCAGCAAUGACAACAUGGGCUUCUGGUGGAUCCUGCGCAUCCCUGUCUUCCUGGCCAUCCUGAUCAACUUUUUCAUUUUUGUCCGUGUCAUUCAUCUUCUCGUGGCCAAGCUGCGGGCACACCAGAUGCACUAUGCAGACUACAAGUUCCGGCUGGCCAGGUCCACACUGACCCUCAUUCCCCUGCUGGGGGUCCAUGAGGUGGUCUUUGCCUUCGUGACCGAUGAGCAGGCCCAGGGCACCCUGCGCUCUGCCAAGCUCUUCUUUGACCUCUUCCUCAGCUCCUUCCAGGGCCUGCUGGUGGCUGUUCUCUACUGUUUCCUCAACAAGGAGGUGCAGGCGGAGUUGCUGAGGCGCUGGAGGCGCUGGCGUGAAGGCAAAGCCCUGCGGGAGGUGCGGCUCUCAGGCAGCCAUGGCAGCCACUUGGCCCCAUCAGGGCUCAGCCAGAGUGCUCCCUGUGAGAGCCUUCAGCUCGUGGGCAAGGGCAGCAGCAACGGGACUGGCCACGAGCCCUCCACACAGACUCCCUUGGCCAGUGGCCUCCCCAGCCUGGCCUAGAACCUCACCUGAAACUCCAUGGAAGCGCAGCUGGGACAGACCGACACAGGACAACUGGCAGAGGCUGGAGGGGCAGGGAGCUUGUUAGCAGCUUCCACUGCCAUGCCACCGCCAAUCUAUCCUGAUCCUGGGAUAGCUCGCGUGGCUAAAGUGAGGGUUAAGUUGUGAACUGUGUUGGUGUGUCUCAUGUGUACAGACAGAUGUGUGUUA